UGUAUACACCAAACAUUUUUCCGUAGUUCAUUAAUUUCUUUUUACACGGUGAGUUCAUUAAUUUCUUCAGGUUCUUAUUCGAAAUGCAGUUGAAAACAGAGGAAUACAUGGAAAGAUGGAGGCACUCCUCCAAUUCCAACCCAGUUAUUUCUCCUUCUCCUCUUUCCUUCACCACUUGAGCUUGAAACCAAAUAAAACACAUCCCCGUUCUCCCCUUUUCAAUUUUCCCAUCAACAACUCAAAAACCCACUAUUCCCUUCACAUACACACACCCCCUCCACUUCCAAUUUCACACCCCCCUUUCCCAAAUCCCUCUCUUCUCUCCUUCUUCCUCCGUCUAUCUUCUCGCCACAACGACAUCAACCUCGCCAAAGCCAUCCACGCAACCCUCCUCAAACGCAAUGAUGAAAUUCAAAACACUCAUCUCUCCACCGCCCUCAUUUCAACCUAUAUCAAUCUCCGUCUCUUAUCCUACGCACACCAUCUCUUCCUUUCCCUUUCUUCCCCCACCGUCGUUUCUUACUCCGCUCUCAUUUCCGCCUUCUCCAAAUCCAAUCGCGAACACCAAGCUUUGUUCCUCUUCCUUCACAUGAUAACCACUUCAUCUCUUCAACCAAAUGACUACACUUAUGUUGCCGUUUUAACCGCCUGCACCCGAAUCCUCUAUUUCCAAUUCGGCCUCCAACUACACGCUAGGGUUAUCAAAACCGGACAUUUUAACAAUUCCGUUUUUAUCUCCAAUGCGCUUGUGUCUUUUUAUACUAAAUGCGGGUUUUAUCAAUCUGCAUUCAAGGUGUUCGAUGAAAUGCGUCAAAGAGAUAUUGCGUCUUGGAACACCGUCAUGUGUUGUGCGGUUCAGGAGUUUAUGUACGACACCGCGUUUCGAUUGUUUUGUGAUAUGCAAGUAAUUGAUGGAUUAAAAGUUGAUUAUUUUACUUUGUCAACGCUUUUGACUGCGUGUGGUGCAAGUGCUUUGGUGGUGGAAGGGAAGCAAGUGCAUGCGCAUGCUGUUAAGGUUGGGUUGGAUGCUGAAUUGAAUGUUGGAAAUGCACUUAUUGGAUUUUAUAAGAAUUGUGGAAAUGUUGAUGAUGUGAUAUGUUUGUUUGAGAGGAUGAGUGUGAGAGAUGUUAUUACUUGGACGGAAAUGAUGAGGGUGUAUAUGGGUUUUGGGUCGGUGGAUUUGGCUUUGAAGAUGUUUAAUGAAAUGCCGGUGAAGAAUUCUGUGACUUAUAAUGCUCUUUUGUCUGGGUUUUGUCGAAAUGGUGAGGGUUUAAAGGCUGUGGAAUUGUUUAUCAAAAUGGUGGAUGAGGGCAUGGAGUUAACGGAUUUCUCUUUGAGUAGUGGGAUUAAUGCUUGUAGUUUGCUUGGGGAUUACGGGGUCAGCAAGCAGAUGCAUGGAUUUGCAAUCAAGUUUGGGUUUGGUUCAAAUGUUUGUGUUGAAGGGGCUUUGCUUGACAUGUACACAAAAUGUGGGAGGAUGGUAGAGGCUAAGAAGAUGUUCAGCCGGUGGGAGGAAUCGGAGGAAGUUAGCUCUGUGGCUUGGACUUCCAUGAUGUGUGGCUAUGCUCGGAACGGGCAACCGGAGGAGGCGAUUUCUCUUUUCCACCUUGGUCAUACCGAAGGGAAAAUGAUUAUGGAUGAAGUUGCAUCAACUUCAAUGAUUGGUCUUUGUGGAACUGUUGGUUAUCUUGAUAUGGGUAAGCAAAUCCAUUGUCAAGUUUUUAAAUUUGGCUUUCAAUCUAUUGUGGGAGUUGGAAAUGCUGUUGUGAGUAUGUAUUUCAAGUGUGGGAAUGCAGAUGAUGCAAUUAAGAUGUUCAGUAAUAUGUCCUUUACCGAUACAGUUUCAUGGAAUACUUUGAUUUCUGGUUAUCUUAUGCAUAAACAGGGCAAUAGAGCAUUGGAAGUAUGGUUGGAAAUGCAGGAGAAGGGCAUAAAGCCUGAUGAAGUUACAUUUGUUUUGAUAAUUUUAGCCUAUAGGCAUACUAACUUGAAUUUGGUUGAUGACUGUUGUAGUUUGUUUAACUCAAUGAAAACGGUUUAUCACGUUGAGCCAACAUUUGAGCAUUAUUCCUCUUUCGUCCGUGUUUUGGUUCACUGGGGUCUUCUAGAAGAAGCAGUGGAAACCAUCAAUAAGAUGCCUUUUAAGCCUUCUGCCCUUGUUUGGCGUGCUUUGCUUGAUGGUUGUAGACUCCAUAAGAAUACAAUAAUUGAAAAAUGGGCUGCCAAGAAUAUUCUUGCCCUAGAUCCUAAAGAUCCAUCCACUUUUAUACUUGUUUCGAAUUUGUAUUCAUCUUCUGGGAGAUGGGACUGCUCUGAGAUGGUUAGGGAAAGUAUGAGAGAAAAGGGAUUUCGUAAACACCCGGCUCAAAGUUGGAUCAUUUCUCAGAAGAAAAUGCAUUCGUUCUAUGCAAGAGAUAAAUCUCAUCCACAAGAGAAAGACAUAUAUAGUGGGUUGGAGAUUCUAAUAUUGGAGUGCCUAAAAGUAGGAUAUGAACCUGACACUAGUUUUGUUCUCCAUGAAGUGGAAGAGCAUCACAAGAAAAAUUUUCUAUUCCAUCACAGUUCCAAACUAGCAGCAACUUAUGGAAUAUUGAUGACAAAGCCAGGAAAGCCCAUUCGGAUUGUAAAGAACAUUCUUCUUUGUGGGGACUGUCAUACAUUCUUAAAAUAUGUAUCUAUUGUCACUAAGAGAGAUAUUUUUCUAAGGGAUUCUUCAGGAUUUCACUGUUUUUCUAAUGGCCAGUGCUCGUGUAAAGAUCAUUGGUGAGAUGCUGAUACAGGUAUGAAGCAGAUACUUUUUUUGAGGAAAUAUGAAGCAGAUACUUUUUUUGAGGAAAUAUGAAGCAGAUACUUACCGUAAGUUACUAUAUAUCAUAAUGAAGGAAUUCUGAAAUCGAAAUUCAACUAUACGUAAUACUUUUUUUCCUACGAGGAAUUGAUUUGUUAGGUAUAUGAAUAAGAAGCUUUUGAUUAUUUUUUCACGCACAGUAUACAAUUUUCCCCCUAGAAGUUAUUAUUGCAGAACUAUAACUUUUAUAAGAUUGUUUUAAAAAAAUUGGAAGACUAAUACACUUUUGGUCUUAGAUAA